CAAAUGGCGGGAUUGGUAGAGGAACUGUCAGGAUUGUUGAGUUGUUAAACUUACUUUGUGAUUUAAAAUAAUGAUAUUCUACCAUGGCCGCGUCCAUUACAGACGAGUGGAAUGUCCCGAAAAGUGAUGACGAGCAAGAUAGCUCUGAAGCCAAGGGGAAUAAAGUGGAAGACGAGCUGGAUAUUCCUUUAAAGGUUUUACUUCUUUACAGAGAAAUCGAGAAAAACAGUUUUAUUGAACUCAAAGUUAAGGAGUGCAGACGUAGUGUAAAAGAGAAUGUUGUACAGCCCUGCGAGGAAGAAAAAGGAGAAGAAGGAAAGGACAAAGUAAUCAAUUCAACCGCUGAAGAAACAAGCACUGUUCUAGAACCUGAUGGGACACUGAAUGCGAUCUUUGCUGCUAACGUCGAAAAGGACAAGUAAGUCAGUACAAUCAUUAAUGUUAUGGAGAAAUGAUUAAGAGCUAGAGAAUUUCACCGUUUUUUAUUCAUGAAAUCCACCUCUUUUUGCUUUUCUAGUAAAUCGCAUCAUUUCUGUUCUAAGUGUCCUCAUUUCUGUACAUGUACGCUCGCAUACAAACUCACGGGAUGUCAAGGCGUUUCCGGUUCCGCUUUUUGACAACCCGGCUGCUCUUUCACUACACUAUUGGUACUGACUAAAAACCUGUAUUCGGGCAAUUAACGUGUAGAAUUUCAAAAUAGAUCUGAUACAUUUGUGCCACGUAGCCACUGUUUUAGGGGUUAUAGCUUUGAAGUGGUUGGAUAUUCUGCAGUUAAGCCCAGUAUUGAUGUGACAUCAUGCUUGUGAUGAUCGUUAAACCACAUUGCACGCCAGAAUCCCGGUGUAGUCAAUCUCCAAUUAUUUGAUUGACUUCGUUUGGGUUCGGAAAUCAAACAGUAACUCAACCCAAAUUUUGCCAAUCAAACAGUGCUGUCAACUCUCACAAAUAAUCCGGGAGACUCCAGAUUUUGGUCUGUAUCUCCUGGUCUCCAGAUUAGAGUAUAAAAUCUCCUGGAUAUUCUCUGAAGUUUGUCAUUCAGUUGUAGACUCGACUUUCCGAGAAUAAACUUUAAAAUAUUCUACGUUGUUUGAGCUAUUUUACUAGUAACAUCGAACAUUUCCUCAUAAACUUCAGUAUGGUAUAUUAUUUCAUUGUAAUGUAAGAAAUAAUGUGAAACAUUGCAAAUUCAUGACGAUCGGGUCAACGUGUAUUUUUUGCACAAAUGGUGUCAUAUACCGUGCAAUAUGACCUCAUCUACCAUCCAUUUCCUAUCAAUUCUCAAUAUUUGAAGACAUGGGGGGUUGACAGCCCUGAUCAAAUGUCAUUGAAGGGGGUGUCUAUAAAACCUACAAAGAUCAAAACCAACCCAAAAGUGAAGACCUGUAUGUAAAUUGAUGUAAAACAACAUGCGGAUGAUGGCUAACUUGUAACACACUUCCCCACAUCCUUAAAGGCACGUUAUUGAUGGGCUCAAAGAUCUGCUUUGUCUAUGCCAGAAGCCAGUUUUGGUGGACCCCGCCCUUAAUUGGACAACAGGAGUUGGUCCCUGCUGUUGUUGACAUUUUCCUUGACUCCCUGUACCUGUUGGGCAGAUGUCUGUCUAACACAGACACUUGAUGACAAUUAACCUAGCAGUGUCUGUCCUAAGAACAGUUGUCUGUAUGCUUCAUUAAUUUUGUAACCAAUGCUUAUUUUGCAGGGCUCCUGAACCAUCGGCCUUUGAUUACAUGGAAGAAUCCAUCGACGAAACUUCACACAUUACAAGAAAAAUUCCAAAGACAGGUUUGUUUUCAAUUUUUGUUUAUUAUGCUUAAUGGCUACAGGGUUGAAUUCUAUAAAAUAAACCCCAAUUACAACUGCUAAAGAAAGACAUUAGAAUAGAAUAAUAUACAGAUAGUUGCAGCGAAAUCAAAUAUUAUUUUGUUAAACCCUCAAAACGGCUCAUGAGGAUAAAAUCUGGCAGAAAAAAUUCUUCCUUUAGCCAAGGAAAAAUGUUUUCAUCCCAAAAAGUUCACUUCCAAAAUUUCUAACCUUCAAAAGUCCUUGGGUUCUAAUUUCAAACCCAUCACUGUAAUUAUUAACCUGUAGUUAGUAACCUGGACCUGUGCCCACCCCGCUUCCUCAGAGUAAAGACAGAAGAACAUUUUAAGAGGCCUUUUGAAAACCACUUUUGUCAUUAACUCAUCCGGUUCAAAGGUUCUCGUUGUUCUUGUUGUUAAUAGUUACUAAGUUUUUAGCAAACUGAUGUGACUGAAAUCUUUUUUUAUUAUCCAUUAGAACGCCUUCAUAGAAAAAGAGUAGGAACACUAGAGAAUGUCAUUUCAGACUUGAAGCGGUUUAGAGACAUGGAUACAAAAGAGACAGAGAAUACAGAUAACAAAAGUAUUCUAGAGACAAAAUCUGAUACAACUACUACAAAUAAAGACUCAAAAGGACUAUGA